UAUCCGGACACGUGAUUACCGCGUUUGUUGAAGGUGCCGAAAGCGUGUGCGUGUGUCACUGUCAAGACGUUGUUCUUAUGAAUUUCGGAGAAAGAAGAUUGUGAGGGAUAGAUAUUUCAGCCAUGGCGAAAAAGCUGUUCGUGGGUAAUGUGCCACAAGGAGUUACAAACGAUGACCUGAAGGAGCUUUUCCAAACAGUAGGAAAAGUAGUAGAAUGUGAUGUUCUCAAGAAUUAUGGAUUUGUGCACAUGGCAACAGAAACAGAAUGCCAAGAGGCGGUCACUCAGCUAGACAAGACUGAUUUCCUGGGGAACGUUAUCCAGGUUCAAAUGUCCACAUCCACCGUGCACAAAACGACUGGUGUGGGCAACAGUGGAGAAUGCUUCUCGUGCGGUAAAAUGGGGCACUUCUCUCGCGACUGCCGUGAUAACGGGAGGGGAAGCAGAGGUGGCGGCCGAGGAGGUGGCGGCCGUGGAGGCGGCGGCGGAAGGGGAGGCCGAGGCGGACGCGGAGGUGGUGGUCGAGGUGGUGGCCGUGAUGGAGGCGGUCGAGGAGGAGGGGGAGGAGGUUUCAGAGGUGGUCGAGGAGGAAGUCGAGAUCACCCUGGAGAAUACAAAGACAGGGAAUACGGAGAUUAUGGGUCUCGCAGACCGCCACCACCUGACCCGUACUACGAUCGCUACUAUGAGGACUACUACAGGCGACCGCCUCCAUAUCCGUACCAUGAAUACUCCCGUGACCCGUACCCCCGCGACCCUUACAGAACAAGGAGCCGAAGCCCGCCACCAGGAAGGCGACCCUUGACCCCACCAAGGUACAGGAGACGUGAUUCUCCACCUCCACCUCCUAGGGACUACUAUGACUACCCUCCAGCUGAUAGAUAUGCGGAGUCCAGGAGUCAACUGUCCACUCCCAAUGGGUUUCAAAGAGCAGAAGAUCUUGCAGCCGAAGCCGUUCAGAUGAUAGGACAUCCUCCUGGCAGGAGUCCUCAACGAGGGCGCUUUGCUCACAGGGACAGUCCUCGCGUUCGGGGUAGUCCACGGCAAUCUUACUCCGCCAAAGGAUUCCAUGAAGACCUUGGAAACCACAUGUCUCACAGGCCAGAGAUGUAAACUCAUCGUUAGAUGAUAUGUAAGGCAACCUAAUCCUUUGAUAGUUUAUCAGGCAACCUAGUGAUCAUCAUCCCUCCUUGCAAAUGGUUGUCAUCAAGGAGGGCCUGAUCAUUUGAUUAGGAAUCACACUAGAAGGAGGCAAGGCAUUCCAUGGGCGUUCAUAACAGCUGUUUGUAAAGUUAUGCACAACUUUACACAUGACUGGAACAUGUUCGUAGGUGCAAAGUCAGAGGUUUAAUUUAGCACACAAAAGGAUCACCAGUCGUGCGUAAAAUCAUAUGUUACAUGCAGCUUUAGGAGCACCCACCUGGUUGAAAAGCGAAGGACAUCAUUCUGUUAGCAUCGAUGUUUGUGGCAAACCAUUGAUAAAAGUUUGUUUUCAUCCUAUGACAAACCAAGAAGUCCAACACUGUUCUAGGGUCCUGUUGCAUAAUAGUUACUAUUAUGGUAACUUUGAUAUCCAAUUGCAACUAGCAUGGUAAUGAUAUCAAUAGCCAAUCAACAUCAAAGAUUUUUUGCAAGUUACCAUUGGAUGGCAAAGUUACCAUUAUGGUAACUUCGAUGCAAUGGGCCCCGAUGCAACUAACUGGAGUGCAAAGUAUGCACAAUCUGAAAAGUUGAAGUGAAAUUGAUUUCAUGUUAAGUACAGUUUUCUCUUCCAUGAAUCCUUGUUUCCUUGUAAAUGAAAAUAUCAUUGUUUUCUCAAUACACCUGUAUGUGCAUGAUUAAGCAUGGGAGAUCAAUUUUUGUGUGAAUAGGCGGGAAGUGAAAUGGAAGUAUUUGUUGUUAGCAUGCACUGCUAUGCACCAGCAUCUAUCUGACUUUAAGCCCUUGUGUCAAAAAUGUGUAUGAUAGAUUUGUAUACCCUUUUCCUGUUCAGCCUUGGGUGUAAAACAAAACCAUCAAAGGUCAAGUCCACCCCCGGAAAAUGCUAACUUGAAUAAAUAGAGAAAAAUCAAACUAGCAUAGUGCUGAAAAUUUCAUCAAAAUCGGAUGUAAAAUAAGAAAGUUAUGACAUUUUAAAGUUUCGCUUAUUUUUUACAAAACAGUGAUAUGCACAACUAGGUGAGUCAGUCGAUGAUGUCCAUCACUCACUAUUUCUUUUGUUUUUGAUUGUUUGAAUUAUACAAUAUUUCAUCUUUCAUAGAUUUGACAAUAAGGACAAACUUGACUGAACCAUCACUUGACAAUGAGGAGAAAAUAAGAAAAUUUCAUAUAAUAAAAUACAAAAGAAAUAGUGAGUGGAUGACGUCAUAGUCUCCUCAUUUGCAUACCAGCCAGGAUGUGCAUAUAACUGUUUUGUUAAGUAAAGCAAAACUUUAAAAUGUCAUAACUUUCUUAUUUUACAUCCGAUUUUGAUGAAAUUUUCAGUGCUAUGCUUGUUGGAAUUUUCUCUUUUUAUUCAAAUCAACUUUUUGUUGGGGUGGACUUGUCCUUAAAGUGUGUUGUGGAAAGUUUUAUGAGUAUAAAUAGGAUUAAAACCAAAGUGAUUUGGAAUAGUUGAAGUCUUACAGUAUCUUAUGCAGAUUAAUGGAUGUAUCUUUUACCUUGAGCGUGUCGGUUUUAUUGAUAAAAAUAAUAAAAGAGCAGCUGAAAUCAUAAUCAACAUGUGCCAUUAGUCAAUUAUCAAACCGUUGAAAAGGAAAAAAAUGCCUUGAUUCACAAUAAGCAUUCGCAAUUUUGUAUGUAUUUUUUUUUUCAUUAUCUAUUUUUAUUGUUAGCCACGUUCCAUUUUACUGAUGUAUUUUCAAACAGGGGGGGUGGGAGAGGGGUGCCAGCCUUGCCAACAUUGUAUAUGCAUUAGCCGAUAGAUGGUAGUUUUGAUGGAGAAUUAAUUGCUUUCAUUUUUGUUCACCGGGGGAGAGGGGGGGUAAUAAUACAUUAUUAAACACAGAAUGGUGUAAAACUUCAGGUAGGUAUGUUCAUAACUUGGUAAAAAUUCAUAUUUGGCAAUGCUGUUAUUUUCUUAACUCAAUACAUAUGUUCCAAUGUGUAUAUCCUGAUAAAGAUUAGGUGCAUGUAUGAAUCACAAAACAACUCUUCACCUUAUUCUAUUCAGAUAUGUGUAAUUUGUAAGAAGAACAAUGGGAGGAAACUUCCUGACAAUGUCAUGGCUUUUGAAGACAUAGCGCUACAAGGCUUGGUAAUUAUGUAUGUCAAGCCCAUAUGAUAUAAGGCUACAUACAAAAAAAAUCUGGGAGAACAUUCUUUGCAAAAAUCUUUGGAAAUUUUCAAAUUCUUAAAAAGUUAGUAUAAAUGUUGUAAAUAUGCUGUAUUGUAUUAAAGUGUCAUGUAUUGAUUUGGUUUAUUUUCAUUUGGUCCAAUGCCAAUUCGUCCAAUUGCCAACUUGUCUACUAUCAUUAGUCUACCAUCAGUUCAUCCAAUAUCCACAUGGUCUAAUUGCCUUUUCGUCCACUCACCAUUUCGUCUAAUUACCAGUUGGUCCAAUUGCCAUGUAGUCCAUAUACAAUUUGGUCUAAAUAGACGAAGUGUUUAUUGGGCAAAAUGAAUGAAAAUAAAAUGAAUAUUAGACCAAUUGUUUAUGAGACGAAAUGGUUAUAGACGAAGUGAUGAUUGGACCAAAUGGUCGUUAGACGAAAUGUUGGACAGAAUGGCAUUAGACUAAAUGAAGGUAGACCAUGUGGUGAGUGGACGAAUUGGCACCAUGCAGGUUUGUGAUUGGGCUGUUGAUUCCUGAAUGUCACUUGAUAGGCAUUGUACAGUCAGUCUGCAAGCCCCUGUGUUAAUGAGCAAGAUUUAUCCAAGUCCUCUCGUGGCUGAAUUUAUAUCCCUGCAAAAUCUCGUGAAUUGUGAGACUUUUCUCUCAAAGAAUUUAACCAUUUUCUCCUUGAGUAAAAUUGAUUAUUUUUGUACCAUAGGAAAGAGUAAACGUUACUCUUGGUUAUUUCUUUUGAAUAAAAUAUUUUGAUACAUAAGUGAA